UUGGUCGUAAUAUGGAUUCAAUUGUUGUUGAACGUGAAACAACAGUUCAAUCAUGUUUACGUUAUAUGAAAGAACAUCGUUAUGAACCUGAAACAUUUUUACCACUUGAUUAUAUUAAAGUUACACCUGUUAAUGAACAACUUCGAGAAUUACAAGAACCGAAAAAUGUUAAACUUGUUCUUGAUGUUAUUAAAUAUGAUAAACAAUAUUAUAAAGCAUUACUUUAUGCAUGUGGUAAUGCACUUGUUUGUGAUAGUGAUGAUGAAGCAAGAAAACUUGCAUAUGAAAGUGGACAUCAAAAAAAUAAAGUUGUUUCAUUAACUGGAACACUUUUUAGCAAAUCGGGAGUUAUCUCAGGUGGAUCAAGUGAAUUAAAAGCUCGAGCUAAACGUUGGGAUGAAAAACAUCUUGAUACAUUACGUAUGCGUAAAGAUAAAUUAUUUGAUGAAUAUAAAGAACAACAAAAGAAAAAACGACGUGAAGCUGAAUUAAUUAAUGCACGUGCACAAUUACAACAACUUGAAAGUCGUUUACGUUACUCGAGAACAGAUAAAGAAACAGCUGAAAAACGACAAAGAAUUUUAAUUGAAAAAGAUCUUGUCGAUUUUAACGGUAAACUUGCUACAUACGAGGUUUGUUUGAUUAAAGAUUAAACACUUCUAGAAGGAUUAACAUUAUAGAAAAAAAAUUUUGUUGCGUUGGUGAUGAGUUAUCUGCUUCACAGACGAUAAUCUCUAUUACAGACAAAAUAAUAUCUCGACAAGUCCAAUUAGACGCUUGUAUAAAUAUGAAGAAUUUCAAUAAACUAGAGCUAAGAAACACUCAGAGCUAACUUAGGUUUUUCUAAGAACUAAUGUUGCGAGAAAAACCACAUUAGUGUAGAGCAGAC